CUCCUUGGACGACACUGUGGAGGCUUUUUUAAAUCUCCAUUACAAUCAUUACAGCAACAACAAUUGUUUUGAUCAUUGAUCAUUACAAUGUCUCAUAUGAUCCUGUCACCCUUUCAACUAUUGGAACUCAAUGUUAUUUCUGCACAAGAUCUCGUCAAGGUCUCGCGAAAGAUGAAAACCUAUGCAGUUGCAUGGGUUCACCCUGACCGGAGACUUUCGACAAGAGUCGACUCUGAAGGAUGCAACAAUCCCACCUGGAAUGACAAGUUUGUUUUCCGCGUUGAUGACAGGUUCCUCCAUGGUGACACCUCCGCUGUCAUGAUUGAAAUCUACGCCCUUCAUUGGUUCCGUGACAUUCAUAUUGGCACCGUCCGUGUUAUUGUUGGGAACCUGAUUCCCCCGCCUCGUCCUCACCAUCACAACCAGUUUCAGCUUGGCAUGCGCUUUGUUGCCCUCCAGGUCCGCCGACCAUCAGGACGCCCCCAGGGGAUUCUUAACAUUGGCGUGGCGCUUCUUGAUAGCUCAAUGCGAAGCAUGCCAUUGUAUUCCCAGAUAAGCGUAUCCGCCGUUGGGUAUCGUCAGCUUAUGGGUGAAGGGGAGUUGAAUCAUCAUAAAGAUGAUUCUGAUGAUAAAAGUAGUGGUAUUCAUUCCAAUUCCUUCUUGCUUCCUUGGCUUCCAAAACCUGAAUUAAGACGUACGAAGAGUGAUUCCAGUUCCAUGUUCGGGUCAAUAGUGAUGGCAAAGAGAAAAAUGAUAAUGAAAGGGAAGGGUAGUUCCAUGAUUAGUGGCUCAGAAGUAGAGGAGAGGAAGAUGCUCAAUAAAGGGAGAUCAAAAGCUAGUUCCUUGACAGGUGGCUCGGAGAUUGUCAAGGAGGACGAAAAUGGGGCAUUUGGAAAAGCCUCGUUGACCUCUGAAUCAAUGACAAAAACAGAUACCAAAUCAACCGAAUUGGAUCACAUUCUGAAACCCUCACCAAAAUUUACGGGGUUGGAUCUUGGUUCUCCAUGCAACAACAACUUCAGGUAUGCAACUCCGAAAAAGGCAAAUUUUGUGAGUAAGCCAUUUAUUACCGAAUCACAAUUGGGGCCAUCAGCAUCAGAGGUGGCGGCAGUAAUUGCAAGAAACAAACAUCGUCGCGUGGAAGAGACAGAGAGCGAGAUAAUUGGCGAAAUGAGCUUGGAUGGAAGCAUGGAGGCUCUUCAAUCUAAACUGGAAAGAUGGAGGACAGAGCUUCCUCCAGCUUAUGAUGCCAGUAAUAUCUCAAGUUUUCCUACUAGUGGCACUUCUAAAGGAGGCAAAGUUGUUAAACGACACAACCACAAGCACACGGAUGAUGAUGGCACGUUUUCUUGCUUCGGUAGAUUUUGCGGUUUAGAGUGUUCAAUUGUAUGUGGCGGCCCUCCCAGGAGGGAAAAGACCAGGCAGGGGAUUCGGAGCCAUUCCAUGGAUAAUUUGAGGUACAGUGUUUAAAUUUACCUGAGUGACUGAUCGGAUCAUAUUUUUUUUUUCGUGAUUUGAUAAUCCGAUCAGUUAAAAACAGCUCUUUGCUACAGAAAUGCCUGUUGUUGACUGUAUAUGUGAAUCUCGUCACAUUCCAUUCCUGAAAUUAGCAAUGCUAGCUUUCAGAUCAUAUUCUCUGCUGGCCAGGAAUGUUUUCAUUUUGCUUUGCCUGCGUAACAUUUGUAUGUUGUUUCUGUUAUCUGUUAUAAACUUUAAUCACACCGCAACACUCUCCCUCUCUCUCUUGCUCUCCAAUUUUCUUUUGCAUUUUGUCAAAUUUAAAGAGUUUCUGUUGUCUUCAGUAUUAAUCAA